AUUGGCCCACCUAUUGUAGGGGAGAUUCCCGAGAGCCAAGUCUAAAAUUUAGGUCAUAAGAUAAACAAGAUUUGUACUAAAGCCAGCACAGUCUCUCGGUGGGCGUCGCAUUUCAUCUUCGUCUUCCUGUUUGUCCUCACUUUAUUUAUUGUUCUUUCUUGCCAAUACUAUUUCGUUGUGAGGCACUAGCUCCGUCACAACAUUGCUGGGCUUGACUGACUAACAUCUCCACCGCCUCCGAAGAGGCGAGAUCACUUCACUCAUUUCAAUGUGUAGGCCGAAAGAGCACGACAAGGCGCCAUCCCCCUGAGGUUCGCAUCUGAUGGAGCAGUUGUCGUCAUUGUUUGCAAAGCGCCACCAUGUUCCCUUGUCACGUCAGCGCCUGGCCCGCCGCCGCUGAGCCCGUCGCCUCCUGCGGCGGUCAUGCGCCGGCGUCGCAGCCUUCGCAACCGCUCCCCGAUCUGCUGUGCGGCUGUCCCGCGCCGCCAAUGAGCGCCCACUCUGAAACGCCGUCCCCGGACCCAAUGGAAUCUCUCAUCGUGGUCACAGAGUGCGAACCCAGCAGACCAUCUGGAGAGCCCGGCGGGGAGAAGGAGGUAGAAGAAAUGGACAGCUCCGAAGCACCGCCGUUGCCCAGCGCGUCCUGCGACCUCCUCUCCCGCGCGCUGGGCCGCCCGGGGGCUCUGCUGCCGACCGGCGAAGAGCAACGAGCGCGGCUCAACCUGUCAGACAGGAAACUGUCACUGCAGGAGCGCUCGCAAACGCAGAAUUCCCCCUGCAGCUCCCCGGGACUCAACGGCCGUUACAUUUACCCGUCGUUGCCCUACUCUCCCAUCACGUCGCCGCACUCGUCUCCGCGCUUGCCACGCCGGCCCACUGUGGAAUCCCACAGUGUCUCCAUCACGGACCUCCAGGACUGCGUUCAGCUCAACCAGUACAAGCUAAAAGACGAGAUCGGAAAGGGCUCCUACGGCGUUGUCAAGCUGGCUUACAACGAAGACGACAACACCUACUAUGCCAUGAAAGUUCUGUCCAAGAAGAGGCUGAUGAGGCAAGCGGGUUUCCCACGACGACCGCCACCUCGGGGAGCCAAAGCGGCACCUGAGGGCCCUCCUCAGCCCAAAGGGCCCCUGGAGCGGGUCUACCAAGAGAUUGCCAUCCUGAAGAAGUUGGACCAUUCGAAUGUGGUCAAACUGGUCGAGGUUUUGGACGACCCCAGUGAGGACCAUCUGUACAUGGUGUUUGAGCUGGUCAAGCAAGGGGCUGUGAUGGAGGUACCGACAGAUAAACCUUUCAGCGAGGACCAGGCUCGCUUUUAUUUCCGGGAUCUGCUCAGGGGAAUCGAGUAUUUACAUUAUCAGAGGAUCAUCCACAGAGACGUCAAGCCCUCCAAUCUGCUGGUGGGAGAGGACGGACACAUCAAGAUCGCCGACUUCGGCGUUAGCAACCAGUUCGAGGGGGCCGACGCUCUCCUGACGAGCACUGUGGGAACGCCCGCCUUCCUCGCCCCUGAAACGCUCUCGGAGACCAGGAAAAACUUCUCCGGCAAGGCGUUGGAUGUUUGGGCGAUGGGCGUGACACUUCAUUGUUUUGUCUUUGGAGUGUGUCCAUUCAUGGAUGAGCGCAUCCUCAAUUUGCAUCAGAAAAUCAAGACGCAACCGGUGGAGUUACCUGAAUAUGCUGACAUAUCAGAUGACCUCAAGGACCUGCUGCUCAAAAUGCUGGACAAGAAUCCAGAAACCAGAAUAUCCAUUCCACAGAUUAAGCUUCACCCAUGGGUGACGAGACACGGCGCAGAGCCCCUCCCGCCAGAAGAUGACAACUGCUGUAUGCUGAUUGAGGUGACCGAGGAGGAAGUGGAGAACUCGGUCAAGCACAUCCCGAGCCUGGCCACCGUGAUUAUGGUGAGAACCAUGCUGAGGAAGCGCUCCUUCGGGAACCCUUUCGACUGGGCCCGUAAAGAGGGAUGCAGCAACUCGUGCACUUCAGGACAGAUGAAACAGCAGCCCGGAGAGGGCAUGAGGAGCAUGGAGCUGCCCUAUGUUGGAGAAGACGAGACUCUCUCCUGAUGCACUCGGUUUUCCAGGUUCUUCCCGACACCCCUUUAGCCGUCGUCACUUUUCUACUUUUCCCGAGAGGUGGACACAUGGCGGUGCGGCCGUUUAAAGUGGGAUUGUGGGAACCGUCCUCUUUCUCUUUGCAUGCGUCUUUUAGCGUUAGCAUGCGCAGUCUCAGGCUUCUAUGUGCUUCGUGCUAGUUUAGAGCCCCCCCACCUUUCUCUUUACUUGGCAACUACUUCAGGUAAGGUGGGACCGGGAAGCAGGCGGCAAGGGGGGGGUGAUGGCAGCACACACUUUUGGGAAGUCAGGGAACAAUUCUUUUCAGUCUUCAGCACCACUUGAAGUCAAAAAACGAUUGUCUGCCUCACCCUUGCGUGUCAGUGGCAGCGUUGUAACAUAUUUUAUUGAGAACGUAGAUGAAUUGUUUAAUGAUUGAUUGCACGUUUUCCUUGUGGAUUUGUAAGCUCUUUCGACUUUUACCGACUCACCAUUUACUAACUAUAGAAAGCUUUAAGACCACUCGGUGUAGUGCUUUGUGAACAGUCGUUACAAAUUACUAGAGGAACAUUUUGCUUCUGUCUUUUUAAGAAAUUAGCUCCACGUCGGGGGUCCCAAAAGUCACAAUACACUUUCUUUUGUCUCAUUUCAUAAUUUUAAUUAAAAAGACCAUCAACCACACCCAGUAGAAUUUUUUUUUUAACCAAUCAGAUAAAUUUGAAAAACAUCAGUAUUUUUCCAUCUUGUGAUUUGUUCAGCUAUGUUUAUUUUUCUGAUUGGUUGAGCAUGAUUAAAAAAAAAAAUUUGUGGUUCCAAAAACAAAACAAAAUAAGACACAAGGAAGGUGCAAACUGACAACUUUUGGGACAGCGUUUAUCCACUGUAUAGUCUUUUUCUCCUUAUUAAUGUAGUGGUUGUAUUGUUUCACGUCCACGUUUGGACUGACAAGGCUCUCACUUCUCAAAGCUCAAGUCAAACUAGUGAAUGUUCUUAUUUGUGUUUUAUAUGUUAAAAAAAAAAAGCACUGACGUUCUUUUACAAUUGCACAUUUGAAAAAAGACGCCCAAAUAUUACACUGUGCAUAUUUUUUUUAAUGUAAAUCAACUUAAAGAACCUUUAACUACAUUUUGAAAUAUAGCAGUAGUGCAUCUGAAGGCUUUUUUUGUAUAAAUCUAUGCAUGACAUAUCUAGAGGAGAAAUUCAAUCAAAAAAGAAAAAAACAAGAUGUGCCAUGUCGAAGUGGACUUUUUAACCAAUGUUAACUAGCUGUGAUUUUUGUAUUUGUGAACCUUUUUUGUUGUUGUUUUUAAAUGUUUUGUUAUCUUCUUUUCCAUUGUCACUGCAAUAUUAGAAUCAGAUGAAAUCACCGGAUGUGUCUAAUUAACAUGUUAGAAUUGUAUUUCAUGCUUCUACAUAAUUACGAAAGGGAAAUUGUCUUGCAAGAUCCUCUGCGAUCCAAAUCAAAUUUGUCUUUUUUUUUAUAUGAGCACUAUGCAUUAGUUUUUCUACUCUUAGUGCAAUUUACCAUAUUUUUCAGACUAGAAAGCCCAACAGAUAAGGUCUAUAUUUAGAAAUUCCCAUCUAUAGGGUUCAGUACAAACCAGUUCAGUAACUAAGUUAAAACUAUUCAGUGGCUCAGGCAGUAGAGCGAGUUGUUGAGAAACUGGAAGUUCGGUGGUUUGAAUCCAUCUCUGUCUGAAACUCAACUUCAAUUUGAAUUCAAGGCUCACUGAUGAUUUUUGAGAAAAUAAAAUAAUUUUAAGUGCAUUUCAUAGUCCGAAAAAUAUGGCAACUUAUGUGUAGGAUUAUGAGGGUCACGGUUAAAAUAAUUAAAGUUGAAAACUUGACUGUUUUGGUGCUCAUGGACAGUAUUUUUUUUUUCUAUUGGUAAGAAAUGUAGAUGCAAGAACUUCUUGGAUUUAAGAUCCUAGCUUUAAUUUAAAAUUUUAAAAGUAUCGGUCGAUUUGAAUUAUUUUAUUUAAA